AUGGCGGGACGCUUCCUUCGUCCCAUCAAUAUGCAAACUAAGCAACUGGAUCUGGGCCGUGGCCGCCAGUUCCGAACACCCAUCGCUCAAAAACGUGCAUUUUCCAGCGAUCAAAACGAUUGGUCAGCAACUCACGACGGGCAAAUGAAGCGUCAUGGACCGACGACCGCCUUCGAUCCAAUCAGACUUCCCAGAUUGUCCCAGACGGGAAGACGAUUCUCAUUUAGGGCGUCGGGCGAGGACAAUCAUCUUGCCCAAACUGAACGAACACGGGACUAG